CUCAGAGAUUGAUCAUCUAAGUCAUUUUACAGAGGAAAAAACUGAUGUCCAAAAGUUGAGAGCCUAGCCCUUUUUCUUCCUGACUCUCUAACAAUCCCCACUACUAAAGUUUCCUCUCUCUAUUUUUUACUCAGAAGUUUUUUGGAGGAUUUAAUUUGCACAAAUAUAUUAGGUGCUUAAAUACAAUCUGAAGUGGACUUUUUAAUACUUAAGCCAAAGAAAUGACAGUGAACUUUUAAGGUCAAGGCUCACUGGAUUUGCUCCCUGUCACUAGAUGAUGGAAUGAGCAAUGGGCGGAGGAAUUUGUUUUAUUCUUAGUGUCCAUAAAUAGCUGGAGAUAGGAACUCUUGAACUUGAAACUGAAUUAAAAAAAAAAAAAAAAAAAGUGACUCCGCUGAUGACUUACAGCUGGGAAGAGGAAGAGAAUAAUAGGAAAGAAGCUUCACCUCCUGUAAGGGUCAGAUUUAUGGCCAGCCGGCUUGCCCCGCGAUCAGAGGCAAAGGGCAUUAAUGUAAGGGAUGGCGCAAGGAGGGAAGGAGAGCUGCACCGGCACUGGCCCAAUCCAAGGGGGAGGAUGGAGGGUUGGUCCGGGGGCGGGGCCCAGGAUGGCUCCACCCCGGAGCUGGCGGCUUCUCUCGGGCUCACAGAGACCGCGUCUGUCUGUCUGUCUGUCUGUCUGUCCCUUGCCUGCCAGCUGAGAGCAGCCCGGGCAGCCAUGGCCGCAGCGGGCAGGGACAGGGUCGCUCACUUGCUGAGGCAGCUGCAGCGCGCGGCAUGCCAGUGUCCAACUCAUUCUCACACUUAUUCCCAAGCUCCUGGAUUUCCUGCUUCUGAAAAAACAACAGAUUAUGCAUUUGAGAUGGCAGUUUCAAAUAUUAGAUAUGGGGCAGGAGUGACAAAAGAAGUGGGCAUGGACCUUCAAAACAUGGGUGCUAAAAAUGUUUGUUUGAUGACAGAUAAGAACCUUUCCCAGCUGCCACCAGUAGAAGUAGUCAUGAAUUCCUUAAUAAAGAAUGGCAUAAACUUUAAAGUUUAUAAUAAUGUCAGGGUGGAACCAACGAAUACAAGCUUCAUGGAAGCUAUUGAAUUUGCCAAAAGAGGAGCCUUUGAUGCGUUUGUUGCUGUGGGUGGUGGCUCUACCAUAGACACUUGUAAAGCUGCCAACCUUUAUGCAUCCAACCCUGAUGCUGAUUUCUUAGAUUAUGUUAAUGCUCCCAUUGGAAAAGGAAAACCUGUCACUGUGACCCUUAAGCCACUGAUUGCAGUUCCAACUACAGCUGGAACUGGGAGUGAGACUACAGGGGUUGCCAUUUUUGACUAUGAGUGCUUAAAAGUAAAAACUGGUAUUGCCUCCAGAGUUAUCAAACCCACCCUAGGAAUAAUUGAUCCUUUGCACACACUUCACAUGCCUCCUCGGGUGGUAGCUAACAGUGGUUUUGAUGUACUUUGCCAUGCAUUGGAGUCAUACACAGCCCUUCCUUACCACAUGCGAAGCCCUUGUCCUUUGAAUCCAAUCGAUCGACCAGCUUAUCAGGGCAGUAACCCCAUAAGUGAUGUCUGGUCCCUACAUGCACUUCAAAUUGUCGCCAAGUAUCUGAAAAGAGCUGUCAAAAAUCCUGAUGACCUUGAGGCAAGGUCAAACAUGCACUUGGCAAGUGCUUUUGCUGGUAUUGGCUUUGGAAAUGCUGGUGUUCAUCUCUGCCAUGGGAUGUCUUAUCCAAUUUCUGGUUUGGUGAAGACAUAUAAAGCAAAGGAUUAUAAUGUGGAUCAUUCUUUGGUGCCACAUGGCCUUUCUGUGGUACUCACAUCCCCAGCAGUAUUUACUUUCACCGCACAAAUGUUUCCUGAACGGCACUUAGAGACUGCAAAGAUUUUGGGAGCCGACACCCGCACUGCCAAAAUCAAAGAUGCUGGGCUUAUUUUGGCUGACACGCUCCGGAAAUUUUUGUUUGAUCUGAAUGUUGAUGAUGGCUUAGCCGCCAUUGGUUAUUCCAAAGCUGAUAUCCCCGCGCUAGUCAAAGGCACGCUGCCCCAGGAAAGAGUAACUAAACUUGCACCACGUCCUCAGUCAGAAGAAGAAUUGUCAGCUCUAUUUGAGGCUUCAAUGAAACUCUACUAGUUUAAAUUUGAACACAAAGAAUUACCAUCAGCUAUCUUUGUUCAGAAGACAGAAGCUGCCCUCCCAGGAUCUUGAACUUUUUUCACUUACAAAUCAUCCCCCCUUCUUCUAGCACAACUGGCAAGAAAGUUUUCAAUGGAUAGAUCUUGUCCUUGGAUUAGGCUACCUUCAUGAAGCAGUCUAGAAAAACUCCCCCAAAGUCAUUGCUUCCUCAUUCAUGGUGGCGCUCAGGAGUAGUUCUCUUCUGUUUCCUCCACUAAUACACCAAAAAGUAUGUGUAUGGUAAUGAAAUAUUACUGUGCUAUAACCCCAAAUGACAUGGGGAGAAAUUUAGGAUUUUUGAAAUUUGGUAUUCUUAAGUUUUCAAAUUUUUCAAAAAAAUUUUUAAGUAUAGCAUAGGAUAUUUCUCUUUUGAGGAAGCAAUUACAUAAUAAGAGCCAUCUAAGGAAGACAGACAAAAGGAGAGUCUCCUUUCUUCCCUUCUUUCUCUGUUCCUUCUCCCUUUGUCUUUCCCCCUUUCCCUUUUUUCUUCAUUCUCCAUCCCCCCUCCCCCUUGCCUCACACAAUCCUUCUAGUCUUUUGUUUUCUUUCUCCUCCAUGACUUUUGUUACCUGCAGUCUGAGCCAGGUAUAAACUCUUGUGGUUGUCACUUAAAGAAAACAAGCCGAGUGACUCAUCUAGUGAAAUCCACCAGAUUUUAUCUCCAAUUUAAAAAAAUUCUAGAUAUUUAUUAUUUCUCUGGAGCUAUCUAAUAAGUCGAGAGAGCACCAGAAUAUGAAAAGGUAAGGACUCCAUGAAGAUAUUAUGUCUGGCACCUUUUGGUUCAUGAAAAAUUCCAAAAACAUUAAAAUUGAAGAGAAUCAAGGAAAAUCAAAAGAAAGCAAUAUUAAGGCUAUUCAUCCUCCAGUAUAAAUGUUCUUAACCUUUUUUGUGCUGUGAACUCCUUUGGCAAUCUAGUGAAGCCAAUGGACCCCUUCUAACAUUUUUGAAUGUAUAAAAUAAAAUACAUAGAAUUACAAAGAAAAACAGUUAUAGAAACAUGGCUAACAAUUCAUUUGUUAAAAACAAAUCCAGAGAGCACAGAUUAAGAGCCCUUAAAGUAGUGAACACAAUAUUCUUUGAGAGGAACAUUUAAUUCACUCUGGAAGUAAAGGGCCAUAAAAUGCCUCUUUGGUGCAGAAUAAAUUAAUUGAAAGAGGAGCAAUUGAGUCAGAACCCUGCCCUACAUAUACAAGAUAAAAAUCCUGAAUGUUAAACAAUUAUUCCACUCAGUCACAACUAGCCUACAAAAUCUUCUUCAGCCUUUUUGUCCUUGAUUAGGGCCAUAGCAGUAAUUCAUGUUAAUGACAUCAGUGUCCUGAAAAGGGGCAGUAUAAUAUUGGUACUGUGAAUCAUAUUUUUUUUAACAUUUCAAAAUGUGCAUAUAUGACUAAAUAAUGUAUACAUAAAUAUUACAUUGCUAAGAAAAAUAAAGGAAGGGGACAUUAUAGCAUCUCCCAAUAGAUACACUACUCUAAUUUCUUCUGGAGUCUGUAGCCGUAAGAUAAUUGAAUAGCUAUUUUCUACCCAAUGUAAAAUCAGGUCCAUUAUUUCUUUGAUAAGUUUUAAUUACAGCCAUAUUUUACUUAAUUCUCUCCUAACCUAGAUUUGAGAAAGGACCAAGACAGCCUCAAUAUCCCAAGCUAGUCCAUCUUACAGUUAAGAUAUCCCCUUAAAUAACUUCUCAGGUUGUAAUGCUAUCAGAUCAGAAUGAACACAGGAGAGAAUAUUUCUGUACUCUUCUGAAAGGAGUUCAGAAAACCUCUGCAGAACUUGAACAAAAUGUCUCCAAAUGUAGCUGAUGUGGCAAAAACUACAAAUAACUGACAUAUUUGAAAGUCUCAAUGAGGAUUAAAAACACAGAAAUAAUAGUAGUUCAGGCAGCUGAGAUACACUCAUUUAUUUAAAAAAAAAAAAAAACAUUAUUUUUAUAAAUGACAAUAGAUUGGAAUUCAGGAAACUUAGCAUCUAGUCUCAGUUCAGCCAUCUUGUUUCCAACAUGUGUCCAAUCCUUUCACAUCUACUGACCUGAAUUUCCACAAUAUAAAUCAAAGAUAUUAGACUAAAUGAUUUCUAAGUUUCCUUCUUUUCCAAAACUUUACUGCUUCUAAUAAUUAUGUUCUAGCCACCAACAUGAAGUUUUAAAUUCAGAAACUAUCACAUGAAAAAAAUCUGAGAACUAAAAAUACUAAAUUUUCUUUUUUGAAUGUUCAUUGCCAUUACUAAGAGUAGCCAGAUGUCUAAAUGUGAAUCACAAGUAACUGUGCUUGGCAGUCACAUUAAUGGAGAAGAAUUUAAAGGUUAGGAUUAAAGAAACAGAUUUAUGAAAUCACAAUUUCUUAUUUUAAUUCCUUUCAUUCGAGAAUGUGAAAUUAUCGAUUUUUUAUAGCCCACAAAAAUGAGACAUAGGGUCAACUCUAAUUUUUUAAGGUAUUUCUCUCUUUGUAGAAGAGUUGAAUUUCAUUGAAAAUUGUUUUCAAACUGAAUUUCUGUAAAAUUAAGCCUAUUUUUUUCAUUCACUCUCAUUGUAAAGUGAAAGGUGCAUUUUAAUGGAGAAAAGUUACUCCAAAAGAUUGAGUUGAAAAUUUGGAGUUCAAAAAGUAGCUAGUUCUAUGACAUGCUAGAGUGGUAAAAUGCAGAUGAGUAUAAUGCCUAUGGGAAAGUAUAUCCCUGCUUGAAGUUUUCUUUACCCUUGUACUAUCAUAUCAUGUUUUAUCAUAUAACAAUUUUCUCAUUCAGUGAUCUCUCUGACAUCAAUCACUUCUUCCCUUAACUUUCUUUGCUUACCACAUAUUCAUUCUUAAUGAAUGUUUACUGAAUUUGAAUUGAAUUGAAUUGGUCAAAUUAAGGAUCUAUUCUAUAUUUGGAAUACACUUGACUAUCUUUGGAGUUCCCAGAAUUUUGACCUUCUUUUGGAUAUUUAUAAUGCCCUUAUAGAAAAUAUUUUGAUAGUGUUAUCUGCUGCAUGGCAGAUGGGACUCUAAUUUGAAAAUUCCUCAAGUUUGAGGUUUCAUAUUUUAUAAAAUAUGGGUUCCAUAUUUUUCAAUUCCAUAAAUUUGAAAAUUUGAACUCUGCUAUGGGACAAGCUAUAUUCAAAGUCACCCAUUCACAGAAGUAAGGAUUAUAGUUUCUUCUCUUGACGCACAUGUUUAUUAUCUAAUCAAAAUUGUGGGCAGCUAAUAAUUUUUCUUCCCUUCUAUUACCAUUCUAAAAAAUAUUCAGUGGGAGAUUCUAUUCAUGUCUGGUUUUAUCAUGUCAUAUUAUUAAGCAAAGAGCAACUUUUCCUAAACCUCUCUUUAAAAUCAAGAAGCUAUAUAUAUGGGACUAUGUAAAAAAAUUUAUAUGUAUAAUCUUAACAUAUGUAUAUAUUUUAAAAUGUAUAUACAUGUAAAUUUUUUUACAUAGUUCCAUGUGAGCUAGGUUAGGAAAGAAAAAUCAGAACAAAAGGGAAAAAUAAUGAGAAAGAAAGGUGAAAAUAGCAUGCAUUGAUCCACAUUCAGACUCUAUAAGUCUCUCUCUGGAUGUGGAAGUUCCAAAGUUUAUUGUGAUUGCCUUGGCUCACUGUAUAUUUGAGAAUUUUGAGAAUUACCAAGUCUUAUCAUAAUUGAUCGUUACAUCAAUGUUUUCCUGGUUCUGCUUGAAGAAGCUAUAUUAUAUUAAACUUGAGUUCUUAUCUUCUUUGGGCCUAUUUUUUUUGUUUGAUUUCAUUCAUGUUGAAACCAUUCAUGUUUUAACCAUCAGAAUAUAAUUUGUAUUAGACUCAGUGUUAAUUAUGUUAUGGAAAAUGAAAAACAAAUAUACAAAGCCUCCAUCAUAACAAGUAAAACUUCCAUGGAAAAUUCACAGGGGGAAAAAAUGGAUGAGUCACACAAUAAAGAUGACAUAAAGUAGUUGUAAAAUAUAUUAAGACAGUACCCAAACUGUUAAAACCAGGGAACCACCCAAAGAGUUUUAUAAUUUGCAUAUUUCUACCUUCAGAUCAUUAAACAACACUGUAUUUCACAAAAUAACACAAUAAAAAAGCUCAUUUAGUAAGAACUUAUUAAUUACUAAGAAAAAAACCUUAAUUAUUAAAUCCUCCAAUAAAUAGCUAAUUCAUUCUGUUCUGUCAUUCCUUGCUAACAUACUAUUAAUGGGCAACCUUGCAUUCAGAAUUGUCAUGGGAGUUCUGGACGCAGCUGGGCAGAGAAAGAGAAUGGUCAUGAAAUUAGUGUGUCACCUUCAAAUAAACAAAACUUUGAAGAAGAGUCAAUAGAAAGAAACACAAACACAGGGAAGAGCAGUGCAGAGAUCCUACUUCUGCUAUUAAAAAAAAAAUACUUAGAACAAAAAAUGCUUUUCUGACCUUUUCACCUUCAGAAAGAUUAAUGGUUAUUUAGAAUAGAAACUGUACUUAAAUGAGGCACUGACUUGAUCUGGGACUUGCCCAUAAGAAAAGAAGUUUUUCACCUUUAGGUCAGUAUUUCAAAUGUUGCCUGCAUCGCUGAUGAAUCAGAAAAUCAUAAGCAUCAGACAGCUGCUCAGUUACCCAUAUAAAUUGGCUCUGUGGUCUCUGGUAUAGCUCCCAAGGGACAAUCAUCUACAUCACAAUUGGCCCUCAGGCUGGCAGUCUCCACAGACUCACUAACAUCUUGCAUGAAUGGAUAGACCAAAUUACUCUUUUCCCAAAAGGUGGUUCUUAAAGAGCCAAGUUGAGCUAUGUGGAGAGAGAUGCUGCUAAUUCUUCCCCACCAUAACUGAUCUAAGAGUGUCUGCUCUCUCAGGCUAUUUGUCUGUGCCUUUCUCAGAACUAAAUUCCUUAUCCAUAAAUAUGCCAUCUAAGAACAACAGAAUUGCUAGCAUUCUCCAUAGAACUUCAUCAUGAGGCAACAUAUAAGACAAUAAUAUCAAUUACUGUCAUGUUGGUUUUAGAUAGCUUUUUAAGUUAGAUAGCUUUUGUUUCUGUAUCAUUCACAUUUCUAAAUAUAUCCUUCUCCCAAAAUUAUCCAAAAGUGUUUUUAUUAUAACAAAAAUUAGCAAAGAGAAAAAACAGUUCAGCAAAACGAAGCCAUAACUGACAACCACCUCUUGAUUUGUAUUUGCAACCUUUCCCAAAGUUCUCCAUCUCUGAAAUGAAGAAAGUUUUUCUUACAUUUCUUCUUCAGGAACCAGCUUUGAUCUUUUCUGUAACACAGCAUCUCGUUUUUAAAUUAUAGUUAUUGUAUAAUUUGUUUUCUGGAUUUAUUCUUGGAUGUAUUUUCAUGCUGUGGAAAACCAUUGAAGACUGAAAUUGAUCAUAUUACUGAAAAAUUGACUUCCUAUUGGUUUAGAAUGUCAUUGACUUCAUUUAAUGUUGUAUGAUGCACUAUCAAUUAAUUAUUGAUUUGUCUCCAAAGUGUAUAUUUAAAAUAAUUGCUGUAUAAUUUGGGGAUUGAGGUCUAAAAAAAGCGUUUUUUUUUUUUAAACUGAAACUCAUGGAUAAUUAGAUGGAAGUAAGGGAGUCUAAAAGGAAAAGAAAGCAAAAGUGUUAAUGAUCAAGAUCCUAACAAUGAAAUAAACACAUAUGAACCUAGUUUAAACAACA